AUGAAGUGCGGAGAUUCCACAAGCCGAGGAGAAAUUAGUCCACAGCUGCUGGAUUUGAAUUCAGAAUGGGUAGUAGAAGGAGAUAGUGGUGGUAGUGAUGAAAGAAGAAUUUUUGGUGGUUCAGAGGAAAGAAAACUGGAACUAAAACUUGGGCCACCUUGUGAAGUAAACAAAAUACCUAUUUCACUUCUAUUUACUUCAACUUUGACUAGUACUACUACUACAAAUAAUACUUCCCACUUCAACUAUACAAAGAGGCAAAAAAUUUCUCAAUACCGUGGUGUUACUAGAGAUAUACGGAAAGCAAAAUAUAAAGCGCAAUUCUGGGAUGGAAGUUGUAGAAAAGAAGGUAUAAGAAAAGGAAAACAAGUUUAUCUUGGUGUAUAUGAUGAGGAAGAUACAGCAGCCAAGGCUUAUGAUUUAGCUGCAUUGAAGUAUCUUGGCCCUACUGCUCGUAUAAAUUUCCCUUUAUCCAAUUAUCAGAAAGAAAUUAUAGAAAUGGAGAACAUGAAGAAAGAGGAAUAUGUUGCCACUUUAAAAAGAAAAAGUACUGGCUUUUCAAGGGGUGUAUCAAUGUACAAAGGAGUGAGAAGGUGUGGUAAAAGAUGGCAAGCUGUAAUCAAGAGUGCCGCAAACAAGCGCUCAUAUCUUGGAACUUUCGGUACACAACAGGAAGCAGCCGAGGUAUAUGACAUUGCAGCAAUAAAAUCCAGAGGUGCAAGUGCAGUGACCAAUUUUCCAACUUGUAACUAUGAUGUUGAACAUAUAUGUUCAAACGCGACUCUAAUUGGUGGUGAUAUUACAAAACGUCCAUCGCGUCAGAACUCUUCGUCAUGUAUUGCUGCCAUCGAAAAUGAGUCAGUCGUGGUACCUAAUUAG